GGUUUUCGUGGAACAGUUGUUUCGAGUUCGGUGCAGUAAACAGGGAAAACAGAUUGUGCCGCUCGACUUCUGGUAUCUGUACUCCGUUGAAGUCAAUUGAAAACACUAGUACAUGGUAUUCUAUUCAGGUGGCAACCUGUAGAAAGACUACACGAUAUUGAAAGAAUUGAACUGUCGUUAGUCUGAAAACACAGGACCAGAGGAGCAGAGGAGGUCUGCGUUGCAGUUAUCAAAAUGUCGCUUCUUGACAAGCCUGUAUCUAUGAAUGAGCUAGGAAAAGCUGUUGUAGAAGACAUUGGUGCCGUGUCACAAAGGACGCUGUAUCAAGAGAAAAGCGACCUUAGUGCGGUGUGGGAGAGCAUGUACGAGAAAGGCUUACAAAGAAAGGUCAGUACGCAGUGUUAUUUCAAUCCAGACGAAUUAGAAAUCCCGGACCACCACAAGACUCCUCCGACCCAAACUGAUGGGGCCGAAUUACGAACUGACAAAAAUGAACCGGACAGCAGCAGCGCUCAGGCAAAGAAAGAUUUGGCAAGUGUACAUCUUGAAAGGGCAUUAAACACUAGCAGGGCCAAUUGGCAUAAUCACGGCCGACAUUACAGGAGAAAGCGCACUUUAUCUAAAGAGGAUAGCAAGAUUUUUGAGCAUUGAACUUUAUAUUACAUCAUUGGGAUUUGGAAGAUUUGGGAUUGCUGUAGAAUCUACCGAUUCUCCACAAAAGACUGAAACACAUUGGACCUUUGAAUGAUUGAUUGACUCAUUUGUCAACGAAUCCGAUAUUUGAAAUAAUUAUGUUCACAUUUUACUUUAUACACUGAUCUUAGUCAUACUUUUUGAUUGAUUUAUUUAAAUGUACAUAUCAACUUUGCAGGAUUGGAUUACAAGCUCAGACUUGUUAUUUUCCUCGCUUAUGUAAAUUAGUUGUGCAUUCACGCAGAGGCCAUUGUUUCUGCAUUUAUAGAAUUAAAACCAUUUACAAGACCUUUGA